AUAAAUAGCGGAAGUUUAACGUCAAAGUGCACCAGUCACUCUCACAUCUGACAAGUCACAUUACACACCCGGAGCAAUAUGAUGCAGAAAACUACUGCCGUACUUCUCGCCAUCUUUUACUGCGUCGCAGGAGCGCCGACUUACGAUGAGCGCAUAGUAGGUGGUGACAUCGCUUCGGCCGGCCAGUUUUCGUACGUCGUUUCUUUGACGGAAAACAACCGCCACUUUUGCAGCGGGUUCAUCUACAGCGAGAGGUGGGUCGUCACGACGGCCUCCUGCGUCUCCGGUAAAAUUCCCAGCGCCCUGAGGGCCGUCGUCGGACAGCAAGAUUUAACCAAGCCGGAUGCCAAUGAAGAAAUCAUCUCGAUUUACCAGAUUAAAAUUUUCAAUCUAUACGACGCCGUCAAUCAGGCCAACGACAUUGCCCUCAUUCAGUUGACUAAAAAUAUUACGUUCAGCACUCCGAACGGAGUUUAUUUCAUUAAUUACAACGAAGUUGACCCCAACUAUCCUGAGGCUACCGUUAUGGGCUGGGGAGCCAAUCAGGAUGGUGGAUUUGAAUCGACGAGACUUCACUACGCCGCAAUGGAUAUCCAAACGGGAACGUCUUGCGGCGAUUACGCCACCGGCUCUGAAUUCCAGCUGGCCACCAUGCUAUGCGCACAGAGCAGUGCCACAAGCGCCGUUGGUGGAGCUCCGUGCCAAUACGACGAGGGCUCACCGUUGGUACAAAUCGUCCAGGGCAAAUCGACGGCCGUGGGGAUCAUGUCCAAAAACAAAGGCUGCUCCGUCGACCUGCCCAGCGUUUACACCCGUCUGUCGGUGUACUACUCGUGGUUCCUGCAGACGGCUGGCCAGCAAUCGGUGGAUGAAACCACCGUCCCUACUGAACCCCAAACAGAGGCCCCCAUUACGACCGAGGAGGUGAUUAUUACGACUGAGGCGGUUGAGAUCACGACUGAACUCGUGACUGAAGAAGUUAUUGUUCCAACAGAAGAAGCAAUUGCUCCUUUUAUUUAAAUUAUUUGCGCUGUAUAUGCAGUUAUGCACAAUAGAAAAUCUAAUUAAAUCGGA